CGGCAGGAGAGUGGCGUAGUGAGCUGUGCGCAUGCGCCGUGGGGCGAGUGCACUGAGAUCCCUAAAGCAACUGAAGCUGUUGGCACAUCAUGUUGGUGAGCUGAAAGGCAGAAAAAGAUCCUGAUUCGUGGCCUUGAUCUGCAGCUUCUCAGAGGUGACCUCCAUUAGCUUUGAUUAAGGAGCUAGGAGUGCAAGCAGAGAAGUCCAUCCUUCCUGCCAAGCUGCGUAAGCCUACAUCUCCUCACCAGCAAGUGCACUAGAUUUGCCAAGCCUGAAUUUGUCAUUGCCAUCUGAGCCCUGGAAGAACUCAGCAGAUCCUCAAGGUGCUCAGCAUUACCAUGUCUGGUGGUGGCAGGUGAAGUGAGGAACGAGACCUUCUAGCAAGUGUCUCUGUGGGGUGGAAGAAGCGCCUGUGGGCAGAGACUGAUUAGCAGCACAGAGGAGCCCAGCAGAGCUGCCUGCAGCCUUGGACAGCACACUCAUGGUCUCAAGGAGUGGGCUUCAGCAUGCAGCCAUCACCUCCUAUGCAUACAAACUCCAGUGUCUCAAAAGCCAGGUGAGGCAAAUCUCCAGGGAGAGGGACAAGGCCAGACUGGACUUAGAGAAAGCAGAGAGACACUGCCUGCAGCUCAGCAGGGAGUUGGACAAGCAAUACAUCGCCCUCAAGCAUAGCCAGAGCAAGCUCAAGGAUGUUUGGGCUGAAAUGGAGGCGAAAGAGCUGCUUUUGCAGCAAGCCAUCAACCAUCAAGUGAAGCUGGAGGCUGAUGCACAGUUCCUCCAGGGCAAAGAGGCCACCCUUCAUGGGAGACUGAACCUCAUGAUGAAGGAGAACACAGAGCUGCAAAACAAAGUCAUGGAGAUGGGUGAGAAACUGACCGCCUCUGAGAAGCUGGUGUUGGAGCUUCAGAAAGAGCUUAACCUCGUUGUGAAGGACAAGCUGGACCAGGAGGAGCCCCGCAACCCAGAGCUCCUGAACCAUGGCAAAUACUUUGCAGAGAUUGUGCUGGAAUACGAGCGGCAAUGCCAGGUGCUGUGGGACCAGAAUGGCGUGCUGCAAAGAGAGCUGGAAGAGCUGCGUCUUCAGCUGCAGGAGAAGAGGGCUGAGAGAGGGCUGCUGGCUGGAGUGUGUUCCUCUCCCAACCAUCUGGUUCCCAUUUCUGUGUGUGCAGAGACGUCAAUCACGACGCAGCAGCUCCAAGAACAGCUGCAGGACCUGAAGGUGCAGCUGGAAUCCAAGGUAAACUAUUAUGAGGAGGAAAUGGAGCUAAUGAGGAAAAACUUUGAAAGAGAGAAGGACAGCAAGGAAAACAUCAAGGCUGAGAUGAGCAAGGUGGAAGACCAGGAAGAAGACCUGAGAGAAACAGUUUCAAAGUACCAGGUUGUAACUGAUGUCAUGAAAGAGCAAAAAGGUGUGCAGAGCCUGGAGCUGGAGGAGAGGUUUGAGAUGGAGCCAGCCAGGGUUGAACUUCAGCACACUGAGGACAUAGGGCAUCCAAGGCAGCAGCUCAACCAGGAAGGAGAAGAGCUGAGAACGCAGUGCAGGAACAGAGGAAGCCUCAGGGGAGAGCAGGGCUGGCUUCCGGAGGAGAACAGCUUGCUGAAAAGUCAACCUGGGAGACUCCAGGAAGAGCUGAGGGAGGCUAAGGAGGAGUGCAGCAGACAUGACGAGAAACACGUGAGCAAGUUGAGCAGAGAGAAGGUAGAAAAACUGGCUGUGGCAGUAAAGUUGAAGAAGUCGAGUGGAAAGAGCAAUGUGGAUGUCUCCCAAACAAACAUCAAGGUGAGUAAGCUGAGCCAUAAGAUCCUGGAGCAUGAAGUCGGCCACAGCGCCAGCACUGGGUCCACCCAGCUGCAGAACCAGAGGCUCAUGGAAGUCAAGCAACUACAAGGAGUGGAGAUGGCCAUGAGGCCGGAGCACUGCCAGCAGCAUGCAGCAUGUUGGUCAGAGAUGGAGCUGCUCCGGGAACAGCUUGAGGCAUCGCAAGAGGAACUCUUUGAAGCCAAAGCAAGCUUGAGUCUGGCUCAGACUCAGCAUGCAUUGCAGCUGCAGCAGGCCAAGGCACAGCUGAACAACGUGGUGCCAAGGAAACAGUUUGAACAGCUGCAAGCCAGCUUGAAAGAAGAACAGUGCAAGGUUCAGCAGCUCCAGGCAAACCUCCAGCAGCAGGCUGAGCAGGCGUGCAGACAGCUGGUCAGGACCCAGGGAGAGUGCUGGGACCUGGUGGGAUGUAUACAUUACCUGGGACAGCCCAACAUAACAUCAGGAUUUUGUUUCGUGCUGAAGAAAGAACAUGAGCGCCUGUUGCAGGCAGCUGUGGAGCAGGCAGAGGGGUUGCAGUGUGACCUAAGGAGUGCUGAAGCUGCGCUUGCAGAUGGGGCAGCUCGCCUCAAGGAUGCACAGGCUCAACUGUGCAGGAACAAACUGCUGAUUAAAGAUCUCUGUGAAGAAAACAGAGGGUUUGCAAUGGCCCUGCAGGCAGCUGAACUGAAGCAGAUGAACGCUGAGAAGAAGAACCACAUGCUGGAGGAGCAGGCCUUGGCCUUGAAGAAGCUCAUUGAAAAAAUCACACCAGCAUCUCUGAGUGCAUGAUGGAGCAUUGCUAUGGCAGCCUUGCUCCUGAGCCUGGCUGAGGUUUGUCAGUUCCUCUAGGAGACUGUGAACCUGAAGUUUCCCAAAACCUGAGCCUAGGAUCCAAACUAACCUGCUGGUGGGUUGUUGCCUCUGCCAUAAGCAGAUCAGAGCAUCUGAGGGAAGAGUCCUCUUCAGAUUUCAAUCUCCAAAGCUUGGGGCAGGGCUGGUGUCCCCUGUGCACCACCAUACUUCAGCAAGCUGUCCUUAUUGCACAUUCUCAGGGAGAGCAGGAAGCACAGUACCUGGCUGUUCUUCUUCAACAGGACAGUGGUGCCAUCAUCGAUCUCAAAUUCUCCAUAGUCUCUCAAACACCGCACCUGUGAAGCAGAAGGGUAGCUGUGUCUGCAGCAGCACACCUCCCACAGAAAAUGUCAGACAUCACUGCAGGAGACGCAAGAGUUAUGGAGCAUGUGUCUGAAGUGUGGACAUAUUCCUACCCACCUCACACAGCCCUGACUUGAAAAUACAAAACCAGAUGGACCCCAUAGUCUGAGGGCCCUACCUGAUGUUCUCUUCUUGCCUCUGCCUGCAACAUGAAGCACAUUGGGCAGAGCAGGCACUCCAGAGACUAGGGAAAGAGUAGCACUGCACAACAGCAGCAUUUCUAGAGCCUCUCACACAUGUAGCAGAAAACCUCAGUCUGUUAGCAGUGAAACAGUUAUAAAGAGCAGGCUAGUUGCCUGUAUGUUUUCUUUCUAAGAGAACACAGCACUCAACUACUGACUCUGAAAUCAUUUUCCACUUGCUUUUGCUUUGUUGUAUCAAUGGCAUAAAAUGAUUUAUAGUCUGAUCUGUGAAAAUCUAUUAAACAAUGACAAGAAAGCA